AUGCUAGAUAAAGAAUCAUACAAAUUUGUAUUAAAUGAUUCUAAAAUACCAUUUAAACCAAAAUUAGAAAAGCUGUCAGAUAUUGAGAUUUUCACAUGUGACCUGUUCAUUGAUCUUAAUGAAUUUUUUGCAAAUGAAAAAACUAAAACCAAAGCUCGAGUCUUUCGAAUUUAUGGCGACGUAAUUCAGCUUUCAAAAAAUUUGAAAAUUCCACCCUUGAUCGCCGGUGGUGUCAUAUUGAUAGUAGCAAGACGUCUUGAAAUUGAAAAAGAAUGUCAUAUAUCGGUUGAUUACAAAAAAUCCUUUCGAAUUGUGGUAUUCGCUAUGGAAAUGCCAUCUGAACUUAAAAUUAUUUCAAAAGACCAAACAUUCACAUUUAAAAUUAAUUAUUCAAACAUUGGUAAAUGUCUAACUCUACAUGAUGAAAAGGAUCCCGAAUAUAAGGAUAUAGAUACUUUUGAUAAUGUUAUUCUUAAAAAAGAACCAUUUAUUAAAAUAUUGCGGUUCUCUUUACUAAUUGCGACUACCUUAUUUUAUGAAGAAUCUAAAAUUAAAACCACACAAUCAAUUCUAUCUUGGAUUAUUAAAUUAACUAAAUCACAAACUGAACCAUACUCUGAACUAUAUCUUCAAGCAUUAUCGAUAUUUACUCAACUAAAGAUUUUGGAGGAAAGAAGGGAAAGUAAAAUAUCUUUUAUUCCAUUACUUAGUAAGGAAAUCUACAAAGAGCGGAUUAAAGAGUUUAUAAAUUUUGCAAUAUCCUAUGAAAACAAAUAUAAUAAUAUUAUAGAUAGAAUGCGUGAAAAUAAUUUAAAGGAAACAGAAUUAAAAGCAUUAUUAAAAGACUGUAAUGACAUGACCAGAAUGCAUGUGCAUUUAAAAGGAGUAGAGAAGGCACGAUAUGAUUCAUCACAUAAGUUAAGGAUAAACGAAGAAAGUGAGCUAGAGAAUAAAAUACAUGACGUGGAUGAAAAAUCAGAGAAUUUUAGGAAUGGAAUCGAAGAAUGGAAGCAUCAACAAGAGAUUGAUGCACAAAAAAAAAUGAUAGUUGCUAUUUUUGAUUUGGCUAUAGGUGUUGGUAAAAUCGUUGUACAACCUGGUGGUAUAGUCAGUUUUAUUGAAACUAUAGAAAAGACUUCUAGCUCGAUUAAUGAUGCUUUGAAUGCAGCUGAUGCUAUAAAAGGAGUUAUAGACAUAAUUGAUAUGAAAAAUAAUGAAUCCGUAAAGAAAUUGAAGAACGUAAAUGAUAACAUAGAGAAAAUUAAAGAAAUUAAUAAUGAUCUAAAAACCAAUUUUAAAAAGGCUGACAAUCUAAACAAUGAAGUUAAGAAAGGACAAGAAAGUAUCCAAUCUUUGGAUAUCAAUACACUUGCAACCAUGCUUGAAACAGAAGAUCGAAAAGGAAUCCAUUUGAAGGCUAAAUGGAAAUCAAUUAAGAAUGAUAUGAAAAAAUUACUUAAAUAUCCUAUAGACAAAGGCAUCAAUGGCGCAAAUGAAUAUCUAAAUUCUUUAGAAAGUCUAUUUAUAUAUAUUGAUGCGUAUAUUGAUGCAAAAAUUGAAGAAACAGAAAGUUUUAAAGAGUUUUCACGAAUCAAACUACAAGUAGAAACAUUUGAAAACAAAGAAAAAAGUCUUAAGGAUUUGAUAAGUAAUUAUAAAUCAGAGCAAGAUUAUUAUAAUGAAAUUGCUCUCUCACUAUUUGAGCGUCUUAUUAAUACUAAAUAUUGGAUGUCAACAUAUAUGGACAACUAUCUUUGUGCCACCUUUUAUUGGUCACUUUCUAAAUCUAAUGUUAAACUAUCGGUGAUGAAAACUACUGAACAGCACAUAAAAGAUUAUAAUAAAAUUUGUGAUGAAUUAGAAGCGACCUACAGUAAAUUUAGAGGAUCUGCACAACUUUCAAAGCAUAUAAUUCGUCUUGAUGGAGAAUAUAUUAAAAAAUUUAAGCAUGAUAGAUUUGUUACAUUUGAGAUUUCAUUGAAUCACGAAAAAUUAUUGAAAACCCAGCAUGUACGACUUCAUGAAAUUAAAAUAUUCUUGAAUAAAGCCGGGUCUGAAAGCGAUGAAAUCUUUCUUCAUAUUAGCAACACAGGCGUGUUUGCAGAUAAAUUCGAAGAAAAGGAAUAUUUAUUUAGAUCUGAACCUAUAAGGAAUAAGAUAUUUAGAUAUAACGUUCUGGAUAAAAAAAUAUUAACAAAAGCAUUAUUUGAUGAUGAUCCAACUGUAUAUUUUGUUCCAACACCGUUUAGUCAAUGGACAAUUAGGCUUGAUAAUACUUGUGAAAUUGACUUAUCUACGUUGGAGUCAAUCGAAAUUGAAUUAGAAGUAAAAUGUUAUUUUAUCUAUUAUUAG